GCUGGCGCUCAGUGGCGGGGGGAGAGGCACACACGCAGACGGGCAAGCAAACGCGCGCGCUGCUGGAGGGAGGGGAGCAGGAGGGAGGUGGCCGCGGAAGCGCUGUCCGGGGUCCUGAAGCGGGGACUGAGCGAGGGGUGCUCUACCUGCCGCCGCUUGGGUGCAUGGGGAAGUGAACCAUCCCAAGUGCCACGAGCAAGGGGAAGGGCGAGAGGCGAAUCUCACCCGGGGAAGCUCCUGCCACUGUCCUUUUCCAGCACCACCUCGGACAGGCAGCCGGUCCAAAGUGCCACCGAACAUACUAUGGAACAGGAGAAAUAUUUACCCGAGCUGAUGGCAGAGAAAGAUACCUUGGAUUCCUCCUUUGUUCAUGCGAUGCGCCUUUUGGCUGAAGAAAUUGAAAAGUUCCAGAGUUCUGAUGAGAAAAAGGAGGAUGAAGAGAAAAAAUACCUUGAUGUCAUCAGCAACAAAAAUAUAAAGCUGUCAGAAAGAGUAUUGAUUCCUGUCAAACAGUAUCCAAAGUUUAAUUUUGUGGGCAAAUUGCUUGGACCAAGAGGAAAUUCCUUGAAAAGGUUACAAGAGGAAACAGGUGCAAAAAUGUCAAUCCUGGGGAAGGGUUCUAUGAGAGACAAAGCCAAGGAAGAAGAACUAAGGAAGAGUGGGGAAGCCAAAUACGCACACUUGAGUGAUGAACUACAUGUAUUAAUUGAAGUGUUUGCCCCACCCGGGGAAGCUUAUUCACGGAUGAGUCACGCCUUGGAAGAAAUUAAAAAAUUCCUCGUUCCAGACUAUAAUGAUGAAAUCCGUCAAGAGCAAUUGAGAGAAUUAUCAUAUCUAAAUGGUUCAGAAGAGUCAGCUCGUGGACGAGCCAUACGGGGAAGAGGGAUCCGGGUUCCUCCUGCAGCUCCUUCAAGGGGUCCGUGGGAGUGCAAUUCCUCCUCCACCACCACCUGGACGAGGAGCUCAAGUACCAAGAGGAACGCCUGCGACGCGUGGAGUACUCCCAGUCCCCUCUGUAGCCAGGGGAGUCCAACCCUCGAGCAAGAUGAGUCCCAGCAGUCCCAGGUUACAGGCCACCCCCUCCGCCAGCACAUGAACCCUACGAAGAAUAUGGAUAUGAUGAUGGAUAUGGGGGUGAAUAUGACGAACCAAUUUAUGAGGACUAUGAUAAUAGCUAUACCACACAAACACAGAGUCUGCCUGAAUAUUAUGACUAUGGUCAUGGAACAAGUGAAGAUGCUUAUGACAGCUACGCACAAGAAGAGUGGGCCAUAAGCCGUCCCAGCCUAAAGGCACCACCUUCCAGGUCAACCAGAGGGGGUUACAGGGAACACCCCUAUGGUAGAUAUUGAAGGUCCUCCUCAUCUGUGACCUCAACCUUAAAGACAAUUAAUAACCCGUGAUCUCCACAUAAACGGCAACAAGACAAGUAAUAGCCCAUUUCUUUUCUAUCCUAGGAAUUACUGCUUAUGAUUACUCUAUAUACUUCUUGUGUUUACACAAUGGAGUGACACUGGCAUUAGUACUAUUUUAUAACAUGGACUAUAAAAGACCGUUGGCAAGCAUUGGCUAAACCAUUCAGCAAGAUGAUGUUUUCUUGGUUGUUCCUCACUGUUGUGUGUAAUUUUAAAGCAAAACAGGAAAAAUAAGCAUGAAGCUGCAUCUAUUUCCCUCCACAUCCCUCUCCCCUGCCCGGUACUACUAAGGUCAAUUUUUUUAUUUAGGGUUGCUAAAAAUGUAAUAUGACUUUUUUGAACCAGAUGAUAAUCAAGAUGUAGAUAAGAUGUUUUAACCUGUCUUUUUAAUAUAUGUCAGUUAGAUUUAAGAUGUUCAAUAUUAAGUUUGUAAAUUUCAUUUUAAAUGCUGUUUUAAUGGGGUUGACAACAAGCAGCUACUGUAUGUAUGUAGCUAACUGAAUUUGUCCAGUGUUUUAACCUGUAUUUGUUUUGCUUUUUUAUUUUAAAAAAAAUCACAUAAAGUUCCAUGUGUAAAGCUUCUCUAAAUAGGAAACCAUAAUUUUGUCAAAUAUGUUUGCCAUAAUUUGUCAAUAAAGCUGAAACCUUUUGUAAGAAACUAAA